UUGGGUGCAAAGCGAUCGUUUUAUUCGACGCGAGAGAAAAAGUAAAUGUAUUAAAGUGCUCUAAAAAAAAGAAACAAUUUUUUACUAAAUAAAUAAUAAAACGUGUAAGGAAAAAAGUGUAAAAAUUUUCAUUUUCUUUAAUAAGUGUUUAUGAGAAUUGAAAAGUUUUUCAUUAUAACCUCUAUCUCGCUAAUAAUUUACAGAUCGCAGUAUACAGAAGGAUAGAGAGAGAGAGAACAAAUGCGUUCAGGGACGAAAAAAUUGUUAAUGGCACCCGGGACAAAAAAAAAUUGUAUCAUUGUGUAUAAAACAUGGAAUCUACCGGAAAUGAAGCGAUGGAAAAAAAUCCAGAUGAAGAACUUGUAUUUGUUUGGCAAGAUUAUUUAGACGCAACUGAAAGUACAGAAGUGCCACAAAUUUUAUUUCCCCAUGUUGAAUUAACACUACAAAGUGGAAUUGAAAUUGGCAUGUCAUUGGAAGUGCCAAAUGGAAAAAUAACAAAUGAUGAGAAUGAAAUUUCCUAUUGGAUUGGCUCAAUUGUAAUGGCAUGUGGGCCAUUAUUGAGAUUACGAUAUUUUGGCGGUGACGAUAGAUCAUUGGAAUUUUGGUUUAAUUUAACAAAAGAAGCGGCACACGAAAUUGGUUGGUGUGAAAAAAAUAAUAAACAAUUACAACCACCUGAAGAAAUUGAAAAACGUUCGCCCGAUUGUCGUGAGAAACUUGUUGAAUUUUUAUCAAAUACCAAAUCUGUUCCACAGGAAAUGCUCUCAGGGGAAGGACUCAGCAUGGUGGAUAGAAUAAAACAGGGAAUGAAAGUCGAAGUGAGCGAUAUUCGACAUCCUUACAAAUUGUGGCUGGCAACUAUAAUUGAAAAUGUUGGCGGUCGUCUAUUGCUUCGUUAUGACACACCUGGUUCAUCGCCAAUGAAAGAUUUUUGGAUAUUUUGCACAUCGGAACAUUUACAUCGUCAUGGCUUUUCAGCGGCAAAUAAUUCAACAAGUACAAAAUGGUUUUUAGAACCGCCAACAUCAAUAAUUGAUACACACGCCUAUGAGGAAUGGAAAGAAUUAACGGAAAAUAGUUCAAAAAAUUAUGAUCACAAUGAAAGUCAUUUUGAUAAUAUUAAAGAACAUCCAAAACAUAAAUUUCAACGUAACAUGAAAUUAGAAACAAUAUCGCCUGCCGAUCGUACAAAAAUAUGUCCAGCAUCAGUUGUUAAAGUAUUUGAUGAUUAUUAUUUUCUUGUGAAAAUUGAUAUUUACAAUGAGGAAGAUCCUGUUCAAGAUUUAAAUGAAUCAUUUGUUUAUGAUAGUGCUGAGAAAGAUACAUGGCUUUGUACUGCCGAUCAUCCUUAUAUUUUUCCAGUUGGAUGGGCGGAAAAACAUGGAAUCAGACUAACACAUCCUCAAGGUUGGAUUUCAAAAUCAAUUGAUUUCAAUUGGAAUGAAUAUUUAAAAGUAACUGAAUCAAUAGCAGCGAAUGAAAUAUUUUUUUCACCAAAAGAAAAUGCCCAUGAAUUAGGCUAUGAAAUUGGUAUGCGUUUAGAGGCUGUUGAUCCUGAAAAUGAAAAUGUCAUUUGUGCAGCGCACGUGACAAAAAUAAUUGACACUCUAUUAUGGUUGAAACUUGAUAAUUAUGAGGAUUGUCGACAAGAACAUGUGGUACAUAUGAAUUCAUUGCAUAUAUUUCCAGUUGGUUGGUGUGAAUCAAAUCAUUAUCCAUUAAAACCGCCAAAAAAUUAUAUUGAAAUAUGCGGUAAACUUCAACCUUCAACAACAAUAACAACAACAGCAACAACAACAACAACAUCGACAACAACAACAACAAUGGAAAUGAAAAAAAAAUCAAAUAUUAUUGAAAAUUCAUGUAAUGAUGCGCCACGUUCAUCGCUUUGGUGUCCAAAAAUUUAUUUUAAUUAUCGUUGUUUUACGGGUCCAAUGAUAUCAAAGGGAAAAUUGGCAACAUUACCAAAAGCAGUUGGACCUGGACCAGUGAUUUUAGUAAUGCGCGAAGUACUUUCAAUGAUUGUCUCUGUUGGCUAUAGAAGUGCGCGUAUUUUAAAAGUUUUACAAUGUGACGCUAAACCAAAAAAUGGCUAUAAUCUCGAAGUAUUAAAGGCAAAACACAAAAAUAAUACAUAUCGUGCAAGUGUUGCCGUUGUUACAUCAGGCGAUAUGGUCGCUGAUUUUUGUCGUAUGAUUUGUAAAAAAUUAAUGGUAUGCCCAAAUUUAUUUGGACCGGUACGCAUUUUGGAGGAUGAUUGUCCGGAUCGUUGUCACAAACGGCAAAAAACGAAAUACACAGCUCCAGUGGGCAAUGGAAAACGAGGAAAGCCAAAAGGCUACACAAGUAUAAUGGUACAAAAGCCAAAACCAUGGGGAGGUCGUCGAAAACGAAGACGAGGUCGUUGGGCAAAUCGCGACAAGGAACAAGACGACGAGGAACACGAUGAGGAUAUGCCAUAUUUAUCAAUGGAUUUAACAAAGCAUAUUACAAAUAAUUUUGAAGAAUCAUGCGAUGGUCAAGUGCAAUUAAAUGAAAUUGACUUUUCCAAAAAUGAUAAUAAAUUUGAUGAUUUUAAAAUUGAAGCACAAUCAAGUAAUGGCUCGGAAGAUUCGCGUAGUUCAUCAUUUAAUGAUCGUAAAAGUAAGGACAGUAAUUUUGAUAGUCCUGGAAGUUCAGGUGGUGGUAAAACAACACAAAUAAAAUCAUCGUCGCCAUCGUCAUCGUCAUUAUUAUUGUGUCAAAAUAAUGGCACAACAAAAACACGUGGCGUUAAACGUGAAAGAGAUGAUAAUACAGAAUCUGAUAAUUCGGAAAUUGAUGGGAAUUAUCGACGGGGGCAGAAGAAAAUUAAUAACAAUAAUAGUAAUAAUAAUAGUAAUAAUAAUAAUAAUAAUAGUAAUCAUAAUAACGCAAAAAAGCCAAAGAAUGGAACAAUAUUGGAUUCGAAUCCAUUAUUUUGGAGUGUUGAUGAUGUUUUUAAAUAUUUAAGGAAGACUAAUGAUUGCAAGGAUAUUGCGCACAGAGUCAAACAAGAGGAAAUCGAUGGAUUGGCUUUUCUACUUUUAAAUUUACCAUCAUUGACUCAACACAUGAAUUUACGAACAAGCGCAGCAAUGAAACUUUGUCGUCACGUGGAACAAGUGAAAGUGACAUUUUUCCUUCGUUACGUGAAUGAAGCGAAUUGAAAAAAAAAUUAAAUUUUGUAAAAAAAGAAUUUUUUUUAUUUUCUUUUUAAAAUGAUCAAGUAAAAAAACAGUAUUUAUAUAUAUAUACAUAAUAAUCUUAUGUAAAUGAAGUGAAAAAGAAAAUUUUUAAGAGUUCUUGCUCUUCCAUUUGAUUCGCAAUGUAUAAAUGAAAAAAAUUUUGUACUUUAUUCGAAUCGUGUAUGUAAAAUAAUUUCUUUUUUUUUUUUUUUUAAAUAAGAAUGUAAACGAAUGUCGUUUAACGUUUUUUUUUUUUUUUAAUAUGAAUCGAGAGGAAAAAAAAUUACCUUUGUAUAAAUAAAUAGGUAGAUAAAUUUUUUUUUUUAAAUUAAAUUUUUAAAAACUUAUACAAUAUAUAAUAAUAUAGAAGAAAUAAUGUCAUCGAGUGAUAUCGCGUCCUAAGGAAAAAUUGAAAUUUUUUUUUUCCUUUUAAUAAUAUUAUAUUUCAUGGAUUGAUGAAAUAUUUUUCACAAAAAU